CCAGUCUGGGGAUGACAUGGCUGAGAGCAGAGAUGAGACCCCAGUGGACAGUGCUCCAUCCAGUGGAAGGUUUACCAUCCGCUCGCUCAUCAGUACCGAGGACAACACCAAAUCUCAAUAUGUGCAGCAAGAGUCAACGUAUGAUACAUUUAAUCCCAAUAAUCUCACCCAUUCCAACACCUUCUACAUGAGGACCUUUGGAUACAAUACUAUCGAUGCUGUCCCAAGCUAUGACCACUACGCUAAUACGGAGGUUACUGGAGAAGUGAAGAAGGUCAGGCCUACAUUACAAGAUCUUCACUCUAUCCUAAAGGAAGAUCACCUGCAUUCUCCCGUGUAUGAAGCCAGUGUUGACUCUCCGGAUGGGGAGACUGAAAAUGUGGUGGAGAAGCCAGCAGGAGAACCAGUCAGGUUCGGAUGGAUAAAAGGAGUUAUGAUCCGCUGCAUGUUGAAUAUCUGGGGAGUGAUUCUGUACCUCCGUCUACCCUGGAUCACCGCUCAGGCUGGGAUAGCGCUAACCUGGCUUAUUAUCUUCAUUUCUGUGACGGUCACCAGCAUCACCGGGUUGUCUAUCUCCGCUAUUUCCACCAAUGGGAAAGUGAAAUCAGGUGGCACCUAUUUCCUUAUAUCUAGAAGCCUGGGACCUGAGCUGGGAGGAUCUAUUGGCCUGAUAUUUGCAUUUGCAAAUGCUGUGGCCGUUGCCAUGCACACAGUCGGCUUUGCAGAGACUGUGAGAGAUCUGUUGCGGGAUUAUGACUCAACCAUUGUAGACCCAGUUAAUGACAUCCGAAUUAUUGGCAUCAUUACUGUCGUGGCACUUCUAGGAAUCUCUCUGGCUGGCAUGGAGUGGGAGGCAAAGGCUCAGAUACUUUUUUUCAUUGUCAUCAUGAUUUCAUUUGCAAACUACCUAGUUGGGACGGUCAUUCCUGCCACAGAAGAAAAGAAGGCAAAAGGCUUCUUCGGCUAUCGAGCUGAUAUUUUUGCUGAGAACUUUGUGCCGGAGUGGAGAGGACAAGAUGGCUCCUUCUUUGGAAUGUUCUCCAUCUUCUUCCCAUCAGCUACUGGAAUCCUGGCUGGAGCCAACAUCUCUGGAGACUUGAAGGAUCCAGCUGUGGCUAUCCCCAAAGGUACCCUGAUGUCCAUUUUCUGGACCACGGUGUCCUAUCUAAUCAUUUCUGCAACUAUUGGCUCCUGUGUAGUUCGAAAUGCAUCUGGAAAUGUGAAUGACACAUUUAUAGAUGGAGCCACAAAUUGUGUUGGGCUGGCAUGUGGAUAUGGGAUGAACUUCACUGACUGUACUUUAAAACAGAACUGUAAAUACGGACUUACAAAUCAAUACCAGACAAUGAGCAUGGUGUCAGGAUUUGCCCCUCUGGUAACUGCAGGGAUUUUUGGUGCCACGUUAUCAUCCGCUCUGGCUUGUCUGGUCUCAGCACCAAAGGUGUUCCAGUGCCUCUGUAAGGACAACCUCUACCCACUGAUUGGAUUUUUUGGGCAAGGCUAUGGGAAGAACAAUGAACCUAUCCGUGGAUAUCUGCUCACCUUCCUCAUUGCAUCUGCAUUUAUCCUCAUUGGUGAACUAAACACCAUUGCACCAAUCAUCUCUAAUUUCUUCCUGUGUUCAUAUGCCUUGAUUAAUUUUAGCUGUUUUCAUGCAUCUAUAACUAAUUCACCAGGCUGGAGACCGUCAUUUAAAUAUUACAGUAAAUGGGCAUCACUGUUUGGAGCGGUAGCAUCUGUGGUUAUCAUGUUCCUGUUGGCUUGGGAGUGUGCCCUGAUCGCUAUUGGUAUAGUCAUCUUUCUGCUGGCCUACGUCUUGUACAAGAAGCCUGCGGCAAACUGGGGUUCCUCUGUGCAAGCUGGAUCCUACAACAUGGCUCUGUCCUACUGUGUGGGACUCAAUCAAGUAGAAGAACAUAUUAAAAAUUUCAGGCCUCAGUGUUUAGUCCUGACUGGACCUCCCAAUUUCCGACCGGCUCUUGUGGAUUUUGUGGGGACUUUUACAAAAAAGCAAAGCCUAAUGAUGUGUGGAAAUAUAAUUAUUGGGCCACGAAAACAGAAACUCCAGGAACUGAACCCAGAAGGUCACAUCAAGUGGUUGAACAAGAGAAAAAUUCGAGCCUUUUAUACAGGUCUGAUUGCUGAAGAUCUGCGCAGUGGAGCUCAAAUGCUGAUCCAGGCAGCUGGGUUAGGUCACAUGAAACCGAAUGUCCUGUUUUUGGGAUAUAAGAAGAACUGGCAUACAUCUCACCCAAGAAACGUGGAAAGCUAUGUGGCAAUGCUUCACGAUGCAUUUGACUUUAACUUCGGGUUGUGUGUGCUGAGGAUGAAAGAUGGUCUAAACAUGUCUCGUGUCAUGCAGGCUCACAUCAAUCCUGUGUUUCAACAAAUGGAGGAACCAAAACUGAAAGAAGGGGAGAAGGGAGAUAACUGCAUGGCCCAAGGGACAUUGGAUCCCGAGGCUGUCACUGCUGAACAACAAGCAAGCACAAUCUUCCAGGUUAACCAGGGAAAGAAGACCGUUGAUAUAUACUGGUUGUUUGAUGAUGGAGGUCUAACGCUGCUUAUCCCCUACCUACUGAGCCGCAAGAAGAGAUGGGCAAAUGUCAAAAUUCGAGUAUUUGUGGGAGGACAGAUCAACAGGAUGGAUGAAGAGCGCAAAGCGAUGAUUGCUUUGCUCAGUAAGUUCAGAAUUGUGUUCCAUGAAGUGCAUGUUCUGCCAGAUAUCAACCAGAAGCCUCGGCCAGAGCAUGUGAAGCGUUUUGAAGAUCUCAUUGCUCCUUACAUGCUGAAUGAUGGCUUUAAGGAAGAGCUCAUAGUAAAUGAGAUGAAGCGUGAGUGUCCCUGGAAGAUCUCCGAUGAUGAAAUCAAGAAGAACAGGGCCAAGUCUUUGAGACAAAUCAGACUGAAUGAGGUGCUGCUGGAUUAUUCUCGAGAUGCUGCUCUUAUUGUUGUAACAAUGCCCAUUGCCAGGAAGGGGAAAUGCCCCAGUUCCCUGUAUAUGGCCUGGCUGGAAACAUUGUCCCAAGACCUGAGACCACCCGUCCUACUAGUCAGAGGAAACCAGAAUGAUGUUCUGACAAUGUACUGUCAAUAAGAAGAGAACCAGAACCACUCUCCAAGUCCCAGCUUCAACCAGUGAAAGUGGAUACAGAUU